CAUCAAAGAAAUAUUUUUCCUGGCUUUCUCGAUAAAAACUAUAAUCUAGAUAAUGUUAACUUAACUUUAAAACAAGACAAUAAAAUUAAGAUUUUGGUUAAAAGGCUGCUAAAGGAAAAGUUAGGUGUUUAUGCUUUCCUUGUAACACGGUUUUUAGAAAAGAAGUCAAGAUAUAACACCAUGUCAAUAAAAAACACAGCUAUGGCUAGUAUAAGGUUUGGGACUUCACCUGCCGCAACUGCAGCAAUUGCUACAAGUUAUCUUCAAGAUUUAAUUGAAGCAGGAUUUCUCACCCCUGAGUCCUCUUACCUUGCUUGUGAUCCUUCUAAGUUGACGAGAGAGAGAAAAAAGGUGAUGGUAGUUGCAAAAAAAAAAGAUAAUUUAAAACUUCCGAAAGCAGAUAAUAUUGCCAUUUACUUUGACGGAAGGAAAGAUUCAACAAGAGCAAUGAUAAAUGAUUCAAAUGGACAGCUACAUCCUAUUAUUAUCAAAGAGCAGCACAUUACUGUGACUAUAGAACCUGGUGGUCGAUAUCUUGGACAUUUUACCCCAAAUGCACCUAAUCAUCUAGAUAACCCAGCUAAAAAGAUUGCUAAAGGUGUUUAUAAUUUGCUGGAACAAUAUAAUCUUACUGAAUCAUGUUUAGUACUUGGAGCUGACAGUACUUCAAUUAACACAGGCUGGAAAGGUGGUGCUAUAACGCAUCUUGAAAAGCUGUGAGGUCACAAAUGCCACUGGGCUAUAUGCAUGCUUCAUUCGAAUGAAUUAUUUUUGCGUCACCUUAUAGAAGGCAUUGAUGGACCAACAUCAUGUAGUACUGGAUUUGUAGGUCCUGUGGGAAAAUUUCUUCCUGAUGUUAAUAAAAUGGAGUAUAAUCCUCAAUUUAAAGCUCUUCCAAAUGGAGAGAGCUUUGUCGACAUUCCAGAAACAAUAUUAAAAAAUAUGUCAACAGAUCAGAAACAAUGUUACAAGCUAUGUAAAGCAGUUAAGAUUGGUUUAUUGCCACCUAAUCUUAGAGAAAUUCAAUGUGGCCCCUUAAGUCAUGCCAGGUGGCUCACUACUGGCACGAGAAUAGUCUUUAUGUGGACAAGGAAACACAACUUAAAUGAUCAAAAUUCGCAAAAUCUAGAAAUACUUGUUGUAUUUUGUUUACAAUUUUACUUUAAACUUUUUUUUGACAUAAAGGUCAAAAACAGACUUGAAGAUGCUUCUUAUCACAUUCUGUCUCAAUUGAGAAUUCUUAGAAUGCAACCUGAUAGAGUAAAAGAAAUUGUGUUUCCCUACAUCCAGUUAGGGGCUUGGUAUGCGAACCAUGAAAGUAUACUAAUCUCUUUAUUAUCUAGUAAUAAUGCAGAAAAGCGCAAUUUUGCAGUUGAUCCAAUUUUGAAACUAAGGGGUAAUGAUAUCCUUGGAGAUGUGCGAAUCAGACCAAGAAAAACACCUAAACUUAACUUUGCAGCAACUACUCUUCAAGAGCUAGUUAAAUGGGAAAAUGGUGUUGUAGAAGAACCUGUUUUUACUUGUUCGCUCACCAGAGAUAAGUUGUUAUUACUUAGAUUGAUACCUUUAAUAACUCCUUCGAUUAAAAUUCAUACUCAAAGUACUGAACGUGCUGUAAAACAAGUGACAGUAGCAUCCAUGUCAGUAGUUGGACCAUAUGCAAGAGAUGGUUAUAUUAGAGCUAGAGCUCAGCAUAGAGAGUUGCUACCUGUUUUUAAAACAAAGAAAGAAAUUUUAUUAAAUUUUUAACUUUAAUAGAUUUUUAUUUUAUUUGUUUUUUAA